UCCAAAGACCUCGACCAGCGCUGCUGAAGCCUGAGGGCUUGCUAGUGAUUCAGCAGCAUCGCUAAGAAGCGGACAGGAGAUUGAGGAGUUUCCUACAGAGACUGAAAGAAAAGACGUAAAGGAGGGGAAGGAAUAAAAAAAUAUAUAAUGAUAUGUCUUCCGUGAACAACAAAACCAUGCGAUGAACGAUCUCUGAAAACUUCCUCACUCUCGGAUAAAGACAUUUUGCUUUUUCUUAAAAUUCAUCUAAACUCCAGUAAAUUCGCAUCACACUUGAUUUUCUUGGACCGUGGGGCGCACCGGAGCUGUCCAGUGGUGAAUACAUUGUGAUUCUCGUGCGUCUUUGCGCUAUUUGAGGCUGAGAGGGAUCGUGUAAGGCUGCGUGUGAUCUGGAAAAGGAUCAGCCGAAGUGGCCGACUAUUCAGAAGGAUGCUGGAGGGCAAUGCCUGCAGAAAGAGAGGAUGAGAUUUGUCAAAAGGCGCUGGAACUGCUGUCUGACCUGUGCUCGAAGGGGGAAGUGCAGGACGAAAACUGCCUGGAUUUCAUUUACUACUUCAGGGACCUUGCCAGACCGCGUUAUACAGACCCAGAUGUAUCUGUGAGCCUGUUGUCCCUGCUGGUGACUACCUGUGGUCUGGCCCUCUUCAGCGUCUCAGUUUUUGUGUCAUGGAAGUUGUGCUGGGUGCCACUGAGUGGUCGAUUUCUCCCAGAUGUCCUCAAAGGGGCUCACUUCCUGGGAGGAGACCAACAGCCCGUCCUUACAGAGGUGGAUGGGGAGGAAAGGGAGUAUAGUGAAGAUGGUUGUGUGAAGGAACCCAUUGGGCCACCCCCAUCUACGACUGUCCCGGAGUCAGCCCUGAAGAUUAGCCACACAUCGCCUGAUAUCCCUUUGGAGACUCAGGCUAAGGUGGAGAAAAACCAGGUCCACACUUUGGCCCGGGACAGAGUUCAAAGACAAAUUACUGAGCCUACUUCCUCUGUACGGCACAACUCCAUUCGUCGUCAGAUGAACCUGUCCAAUCCGGACUUCAAUCCUGCCCAAUUCCAGCGUCAGGAAUCUCUGUCUGGUUUAGGCAGACUCAAACCAGAACUGUACAAGCAGCGCUCUGUGGAUGCUGAAGAUGGUCGUCAUUCCGACAGCUGUGGACGUCUGCAUUUUGUCCUGAAGUUUGACUUUGACCUUGAGCAGCUGAUAGUGAAAAUCCACAAGGCUCAGGACCUUCCAGCUAAGGACUUUACUGGAACCUCUGACCCAUAUGUCAAGAUCUACCUGUUGCCUGACCGCAAAAAUAAGCACCAGACAAAGGUGCACCGCAAGACACUUAAUCCUGUGUUCGAUGAGGUGUUUCUUUUUCCUGUGGCAUAUGCUGAGCUGUCUACACGCAAACUGCAUUUUAGCGUCUAUGACUUUGACAGGUUCUCUCGCCAUGAUUUAAUUGGCCAAGUGGUGGUGGAAAACUUCUUGGAUCUUGCUGACUUUCCACGGGAGACAAAACUAUGCCGGGAUAUACAAUAUGUCACCUCGGACAAUGUGGACCUGGGAGAAUUGAUGUUUUCAUUGUGCUAUCUCCCCACCGCUGGCAGGCUCACCAUUACCAUGAUCAAAGCUAGAAAUCUCAAAGCCAUGGACAUCACUGGAGCUUCAGAUCCAUAUGUUAAGGUGUCUCUCAUGUGUGAUGGCCGGAGGUUAAAAAAAAGGAAGACGUCAACCAAACGUAACACUCUGAACCCAGUGUAUAAUGAAGCCAUUGUGUUUGAUGUGCCUCCUGAGAACAUUGACCAGAUCAGUCUGCUCAUAGCCGUCAUGGACUAUGACCGGGUUGGACAUAAUGAAGUGAUUGGAGUUUGCAAAGUUGGAAGUGAGGCUGAGACUCUGGGACGAGACCACUGGAAUGAGAUGCUGACAUACCCACGGAAACCAAUUGCACACUGGCACCCUCUCAUAGAGUGGGUUGGACAAGGAGCAGUGGGAAGUGGAAGCCAAGGAGGAUCUACCAAUUCCCUGAAGACACCCCCAUCACCAUGACUGCUCAUGUACAUGACUACAACCAAACACACCUCAACACUCAAACAAGCUCAAAGAGAGAAAGGGAGACACAUGCAGAGUCUCAGAAUGAUAGUUGAUGGACAUUUGGAGAGUUUACCUUGCAUGUUAAAACAUGCAAUGUGUAACUUGCAGGUGACCACAGCUUCACAUCAGCUGAAACAUUACGCAAUCUUGUAUCAAUAGAUUGAAUAAGUAACAAGGAAUUGUGCAUAAAGGCUUCCAACCCCUCAAUGUCUUCACAAAACUUAAUUACAUUCCAGCCAAGAAAACAGUAUUUUGAUUUGUCAUUUUGAGUUGCUACUGACAGUAUUAACAAGUUAAAUGUAUUUAAAAGUAUUGCUUUUUUUAGAAACUACAAGUUUGUGGACUAAUGCACACAUUUAUGUAUAUAUAUGUGUGUAUAUAUAUAAAAAGUGUGAUUCAUGUAAGUGUUCAGCUCUGAUACAGUAUAGUUAGUUAGAGAUG